AUGAGUGUCUACAAUGACGCAGCUAGCACGAGCGAUGCAGCGCUGUACCUCGUCCCAACCCGCGACGGCCGCGGCAAGAAGCUCGUUCGCCGCCCUCACCCACCACCAACAGCGACAGUCCUUCCCGACGACUUUGAUGCCUUGACCGAAACCCGCGGCUCGCCUACAGUAUUGAACCCAGCACACAGCGAGCUCGACUUGGACUAUGACGAUUUAACCGUUGCACCCAACCUCAUCAUGGAUGUCCCGCCUUCGCCUACAGAACUCGCACGUGAACAGAGGAGGGCACAACAGAUUCAGAUGCAGCAGCAGCGCCAAGAGCGGGAUAGGCAGAUGAUGAGCCCGCCGAGGAAGCCGAAGACUCCGACCCAGUCGCAGUUCGAAAGUCCGAGGAGCAGGCGGCACGCCUCGCCGCCGCGCUCGCUCGACCAGCUCGGUUUCGGAUACGGCGCCGACCGGGCCAUGUCACUACUCGGCUCAGAGAACAAGUCGAAGAAAGCCCCUCCUACACGAGCGCUGAGUGUGAAGGACAAGGGCAAGGGCAAGAUGCCCGCCGCGAGCCAUAACCUCGUUCAGCGCAAGGUGCUUGAGGACGGACCAGAGCGCACAAUCUCGAUCUGGAGGGAGGAUGUGGCGGCAAGUUCCGGCGCGGGCGGGAGUGUUGAUGAGGAAGUGCCGGAUUUGGUGGAUAGGCGUGAAGCGAGGAGGAGGGCAGGGAGCAUCAGCAGGGAGGACGGGCCGAUGGCGGUAGGGAUGGCCAGUGUCAGCGGGACCGCGAGGCAUCGCGAUAGGCUGUUGAGGAAAAGCGUCGAUCUGGGCGGAACGCAGAGUCAAAGCUCGCGUUCAUCACUCAACAGGACGCACUCGAAUUCAAACGCCUCUUCGCCGCCCGGAACCCAGACGACAGGCCAAACGUCCGCGCCAUCUCAACCGCAGUCGCCACGUCGUGGCUCAACAGCGACCACGCGGCCUACGGAAGGCGGUGGACCCGCACCUUCUCUCGAGCGCGUACUGGCAUCGUGCGACCCGCCGCUCGUGCAUCUCGCUCCUGUUCUCGCCAAUCUCGGUCUGCGGAGGGACGAACACUUGCGUGCGCUCGGAAGGAUGAGGGCCGAGACACGCGACCGCGAAGUCAAGGAGGAGGCCCUCAAGCAGGGCGUUACUGUCGUCGAAUGGGCGAUCUUGAUUGAUCGCCUGCAAAAGAUGUAG